AUGUCAUCGCCAAAAACAAUACGCUGGGGCAUUCUCGCCACGGGUGGGAUUGCACAAACUUUUACAAAAGAUCUCCUAUGCGACCCCAAGACCCGCGGGGUAGAUUCCAUUGUUCAUACCGUAGUCGCAGCUGCGAGCUCUUCCAGCGCUGACCGGGCCCAGCAAUUCCUUAAGGAUGUAGGAGCUCCGUCAGACGCGAAGGCAUACGGCUCGUACCAAGACCUUGUCAAUGACGAGAGUAUCGACAUUGUGUAUGUGGCUACGCCUCACUCGCAUCAUUACCAGAAUGCCAUGUUGUGUCUAGAAGCUGGGAAGAACGUGCUAUGCGAGAAAGCAUUCACCGUCAACGCAGCGCAAGCGAAAGCGCUCAUCAAGAAAGCCAAAGAAAAGGACCUCUUCCUGAUGGAAGCAGUCUGGACGCGCUACUUCCCCCUCUCCAUCUACGUCCGCGACCUCAUAACCUCCGGCCGUUUGGGCCCCGUCCACCGCGUGACCGCCGACCUCUCCAUGAGCAUGUCCCCCGAGACCUCCUUCCCCGACGGCAAGCACCGGAUGGUGAACCCCGAGCUUGCCGGCGGCGCUCUGCUCGACCUCGGCAUCUACGCCCUGACAUGGUGCUUCCAGACACUGUACCUGACGCAGCCGGAGAACGAGCGGAGGCGGCCGAGCGUACAGACCGCGAUGAAGUUGUACCCGACGGGGGCGGACGAGAUGACGACAAUGCUGUUGACGUUUCCGAGGAGGAAGGAGUUAGGUGGAGACGCGCAUGCUGUGGCGAUGACCGCGAUGCGGGCGGCUGUUGAUCCGGAUGGGAAGGGCACGGCGGGGCCGGCGGUCAGGAUACAGGGUGAGAAGGGGGAGGUGCAGGUCUUCCAUCCGAUAUUCCGGCCGACGAAGACGCGGCUGGUUCUGCAGGAUGGUACUGUGGAGGACAAGACGUGGAAGCAGCCCGGUCCUGGGCAGGGCAGUGGGUGGAAGAAUGGCUUCCAGGAUAUGGUGAAUGAGGAAGGCGAGGGUCAUGGCAUGUUCUGGGAAGCGGACGAGGCGGCGAUGGCGCUCGUUGAGGGGAGGAAGGAGGGCAAGUUCGAGGGUCUUGAGGAGAGCCUCGUGAUCAUGGAGGUGGUGGACGAGGUACGCAGACAAGGUGGACUAAGAUACCCAGACAAGAUCGAGACCACGGAUUAUCCAGUGGACUUGUAG